AUGGCGGCGACAAGAGAGAAGAAGCCGCACAGCGGCGGCAAGAGGAUCAUCUUUGCUUCCCUCGCGCUGAUUGUGGUGCCCAUGAUAGGUCUCGCGGGCCUGCUGCUCGGGUUGGUGCUGGUCAACAACGUCGACAAGUCCGCGGAUAGGUCUUCGGGCUCCUUGACCUUGGACUGGAGAUCUGAGUUUGAUUCCGGCGCCUACUAUGUCAAUUUCAACCCCACCACGCUCGUCACCAUCGCGUCUUGGUCGUCUACAGUCGCGCCCCUGCUGGCCGUGUGCGCGAUGAUCCUCGUGUCUUUCCCCAUCGCUCAAUCACUCAAGGCAAACUCGCAAAUGGCCGGGUCUGAGCUACCCACUCCCUUCCAAUUCUCGCUGCUUCUGGACUGUUUCUCCGCUGGCAUUACUCCGCUAUGGAACGCGCUUUCAUACUGGCAGUGGCCUCAGAAGGAAGGAGCCAUGGCUUCAAAUGUGCGCAACGCUCUGACGGUUCUGGCGACAUUCACGGCCCUGGGAUACACGAUCGCUGGCGUAGAUACUUGGCUGCACCUGGUCAUGGAAGCGGUCAAUAUAGAGCUGGUUGACGUACAGGUUCCGUCGCAAGCCCUGGGCCGUGGGCUUCCUGAUGGCCCAUGCUCCGGCCAGACGGCUGCUGGGUUUGACGCCGGCGAUUGUAUUAUCAGUCUCGGCGCAACGAGUGUAUUUCUCACGGGCGCAAACGAAGCGGCAAGAGUUUUGAGCAACACGUCGAGCACCAACGCCGUUUACGACAUGUAUAUUGACUACACACACUUCGCCUACCUCGGACCUGCCAUCAUCCCUUCAAACCUCGACUACCGGGCAGAAUCUCUGGCGAUUCACACCCAGUGUCGGCAAAUGGGCAAGCAAUGCAACCUUGGGUUCAACCAGUCCGGCACAUCGGAGCCGUUCCACUGCACGGAUGCAUUCUACGGUGAUUUGGCACAACCGAUCAUCAACGGGGACGAUACAGACGCUGUUUCGGGCCUCGCUUUCCGCUCUGCAGGCAUCGUCUUCUAUCGAGACGCUAGUCUCACUCAGCUGGCGAACAAGUCUACAGAGACGGAGAGCUUCCUGACACGUCCAAACAACCCACAGCAUCUCGCUGCCUGGGCAAAGGUCGAACUGGGUGCAACGACUCUGCAAACCGCCGACGGGAAUGUGGUCAAACCGACGCGCGGCGGCACCAGCUGGCUCCUCAAUUGCUCUGCAACCGCCUACGAGAUCACGUAUAGUUUCAUCAAUGGCACUCUUCAGCACGUAACUGCCGAGGUGGCAAACGGUUCUGUGGGAACAAUCCUCGCCGCUGGCAAUUACUAUGGGUUCGGCAAGGUGGCCUUGGAAACCGCGGCGUACUCGGCAAGCCAGUACAACAACACUGCGCAGAUGGCCGAUGCCUGGGCGAGGGCAUACUCCAGAACCGCCAUGGCACUGGGCUCCGGCAUCAUGACGGCAAGAGCCGAUUUGGAGGAACAACUGCGCAGUUCGAGACUGGUGUCGAGAGUGCCCAAAGCUCCCCUUUACACGCUUGUCGCCUUGAAUACGGUGUACGCCGUUCUCGGGUUUGUCCUCGCCUGGCUCGCACUGAGCUCCAAUCCGUCCGAGACAAAUGAGUUGCGGGAGAAGCUGAGCACGGCAGGCCUUGUUGCUUUUUGCUUUGAAGGCGACAGAGCUGAAAGGGUCGUGGACAGAAAGCGGCAGAUGUUUGCAGAGUACGAAGGUGCCCCUUCCAGUAGAGUCGGAGUAGAGGAGAACAUCUACCAUGGAGGAUACGUUUUCAGGUUGAGACACGGGCCGCACAAAGCCGUGUCGUACGAUAUGUCUGUUGUUGGACAAUGA